GGACUUAGUGAUGGUGCAGGUGUUGUUCUGGAAUGUUCUGGUGCUGAGCCGUGUGUCCAGCUUGGUAUCUACGCUGCGUUUGUGCAGGCUGGUAUGGGAAAGGAAACAUUUAAUUUCCCGACCACUGCAGUCUGCACCCGAGGAUUGGUAAUCAAGGGCUCAAUCCGAUAUUUGAUCAGCUGCUACCAAGCGGCUAUUGACUUGAUCUCGAGUAGUCAGAUUACUAUGAAGCCAUUGAUCCCGAACCGGUUCAAGUUCGAGGAGUCAGAGCAGGCCUUUGAGUUGGUAAAAGCGGGAAGACAGAACGUUUUCAAGGUGAUGAUUGCUGGAAUUUAG